AUGUCCCGAUGGUAUCAGGCCCACCAAAGUUGCUCCCCUUAUGCAUACAAAUGCUUCAAUGGAACAUGCUUGCUGAAACGAAAUCCUGAGUGUGAUGGGAAAAGAGACUGAGAUGGAUCACAUUGUGCUUGUGGAAGACACCAGCUUAGAAAAAACAGAAUAGUUGGAGGUGAAGAUGCGAGAUCUGAGAAGUGGCCUUGGCAAGCAAAUUUACAGAUGGGGGCACAUGGCCACGUGUGUGGUGCAUCUGUGAUCUCCAACAGGUGGCUCAUAUCUGUUAUCCAUUGCUUCCUGGAUUCUGAUUUUGCAAGGCGUGAGGAAAUUAUACUUAAAACCUGGAUGACAGAACAGUAUCCUGUUAGAUGUGGGAGAGUGUAUAUGGGCUCACAUACUAUAAAUGAAAAGAGCAAUCAUGUAGCUAUGAGAUUAACCAUAAGGAUUAUUGUCUACCCAGAGCAUGACCAAGCUAUCUCAGACUAUGACAUUGCUCUGUUGGAAAUGGAGACAGCUGUACUCUUCAGUGAGCUGGUAGAGCCCAUUUGUUUACCUAGCACCUCUAGAGUGUUUCUUUAUGGAACUGUCUGCUAUGUGGGUGGUCUGCUAUUUUAUGGCUAG